UAAGUACAUAUUUAAUGUCUGACUGUUUGAUAAGAUAACAAUUUUCAACCUAGUGUACAUCAAAACACAAAUCACUUUUAAGAAGUGGUUUUGAAAUGGCAGCUUAUGGUUUUAACCCUGAUUUCCUUCCCAGUGCACCUUCAGACAGUUCUUCAGAUUGUUCUGAAAAUCCUUACCCUGCAUUUCCUAUGCCUAUGCCUGUAAAUACUUUAACCCCAAUGUACCCCCCUUUGCCACAAGAAUGUCGCAGGCCAGAAACCUGCACUGCCAGUGAAAAUAACAAAGCUUAUUAUUGGGUGGACACUUCUGUAUAUGGUGGAGUACCUUCCACUGCGCUUAAGGGAGGUACCGAUGUUGACGGAGAUGAAAUCUACGUAGGCCGGGCGUUCCACGAAGGCGAUUUGAUUCCUGCCAAAGUUAUUCCUGCCAAAAACGUCGCUUAUGUGGCUUACGGAGGACAGGAAGUUGCCAAAGAUUGUUUUCAGGUUCUUUGUGAACAAAGGUUCAAGUGGGUGUUUACAAGGGGGGGCGAAAUUCCUCCAGGCGCCGUACAGGGGGGGCACACUAGUGACGGGGAGCCACUUUACAUAGGAAGAGUAUAUUACAGCGAAUCCUUCACUGUAGGAAAGGUUCAUCCAAGCCAUGGUUGCCUCUAUAUCCCAUUUAAUUGUGAAGAAAAAUCUUUCCAUGAGUUUGAAACAUUAGUUUUGGAGUCUUAAAAUACUUUUUAUUAAAUUAAUUUUUUAGGGAUGUUUAAAAUAUUGGUAAAAUUGAAGCUACUUUAUUAUACCAUUUUAAUUAUUGUUCAUUUUAGAUAUUUUUCUUUAAUACAGAUAGUUUUUACCAU